UGUACCGUCACGAUCCGCGCGCUUCGGAGCAACUUCCUCUUUGGAGUGGUUACGUAUGGUCACCCAUACGAAAACCGCAAGCAUGACUGACAGUUAUCACGUGCGUCCAAAUUAUUUGCGCGAAAAAUUCUCACACACAUUUUUUUCAUCUGACAUACUUUUCUUUUACACACAUACAAAAAAGAAUCUCGCACUUUUUAUAAAUAUGAGUAGCAAAAGAGAGACCCUCUAAUUUGUUUUGUUAAUUAAAAAUUCACGUUUAGUUUUUCUUUUUUUUUAUGCUUGAAUUUAUUUUUUAAAGCAAAAUAAAAAGAACUCCAUUGCAUAAUCUGUAUACAUAUAUAUCUAUGAAUUGUGGCGAAUUUGUAUAGCUUUGUUAAAUGAUGAUGACAUCAACUGGAAAUCUUUUUUUGCAUUCCAUCUGCAUUGAAAAAUAGAAAAAAAAGAAAGGAUUUUAAAUAAAUGAAAGUUUUCCAUAUACCGUAACGAUCAAUUUAGAUCAAAUGAGUAAAAUUGGAUUUCAAACAAUCGGGUCUCCCGAUGAAAUGGACAAAACUUAAGAGAAAAAAAAAAAAAAGAACGAGAAUAUCAGUGCUUGUUUAGAACACUGAAGAAAAAUAUUGUGAUUGUUUUAUCGAUGUUACUUUGAAAAUGUUUUCCACCAUGGCGUCCAUGGCAUUCGAACAAAACAGUUCGUUUUAUACCACCGCCAUGGGGAGCAGUACACUUGAUGGAUUUUCAGUUUCAAUACCGGAACCUGAAAAUGGAACAUUCCUUCCUUAUAUGUUACCGACAUAUAUCAGGACAACAUCUAUGGUGGUGUGCAUUAUGGUUAUGGCGUUAGGGAUUAUAGGUAAUCUUAUGGUGCCGUUGGUUGUAUUACGAGGGAAAGACAUGAGAAACAGCACGAACUUUUUUCUGGUGAACUUAAGUGUAGCUGAUUUGUGCGUAUUAUUAUUUUGCACGCCUACUGUCCUUGUGGAAGUCAAUUCAGGACCAAAUGUUUGGCCACUCGGAGAAUCCAUGUGCAAAGCGGUACCAUUCAUGGAAUUAACAGUAGCUCACGCCUCAGUCUUAACUAUAUUGGCCAUUAGUUUUGAACGUUAUUACGCAAUUUGUGAGCCACUAAGGGCAGGGUAUGUCUGCACUAAAACGAGGGCCACCUGUUUAUGUUUGCUGGCAUGGGCAACUGCUGCUGCUUGUACAAGUCCGAUCCUGUGGAUAACGCAAUACAGAUUGGAAAAGGACCACAAUGGGAGUUUUUUUGAAACAUGUUCAACCCCAGCUGAUUCAACAGUGAACCAAAUCUUCUUCCUGAUAAUAAUAAUUGUCUUCUUUAUCAUUCCUUUCCUAAUCCUACUUGUCCUUUAUACAGUGAUAGCACGUCAUCUAAUGGAAAAUCCGGCAAUAAGUCGGGGACCAGCCAAUAAUCUACUUAAAUAUCGAAGACAAGUGAUCCUAAUGUUGGGCACAGUGGUUCUUUGUUUUUUCAUUUGUCUACUUCCAUUUAGGGCAUUGACAUUUUGGAUUAUUGUAACUCCACCUGAAAUUAUAGUCACCCUUGAUUUCGAUGAUUAUUAUUGUCUUAUCUAUUUCUGUCGAGUGAUGCUUUAUCUUAAUUCAGCGAUUAAUCCAAUUCUCUAUAAUCUUAUGUCGACGAAAUUCAGAGAGGGUUUUCUUAGGCUCUGUGGAAUUUCCAAAACUAAAGUGAAAAGAAAAAAGGAAAGCUCCGGUCGUACGGGGACCACAGGCUCAACAACUGGUAGCAGUACGAAUCAAUCUGAUUAUUGGAGGAGGCACAGUAGUAAUAAAAGUUGUAGUGUUAAGGUCCCGGAUGUUGCUUCUGAUAAGCAAAUAAAAUUACCACUUCUAUCGGCUGUUACCGGAAGUAUUAUUGGUAAAAAGCAGGAGAGUUAUGUAUGAGACUAAAAAGUCUGUUGUUGGUUUUGUUCCACUAUUUAUCGUGGAAAUAUUCCAUAUUUAUGAUAUUAUUAUUUUUCUUAUGGCUAACUUCUUUUUUUCAUUUUAUAAUCAAUUUUUUUUUUAUUCGAUAAAACUUAUGUAAAUUGUAAAUAUUGAAUAAUUAUUUUUUAAACACUUUGAAUUAGCCAAUUAAUAUAAUUAUUAAAUAAGAGAAAUAUUUAGUAAUUCUACAAUUUAGAUCUUUAAAAAAAGAAAGAAAAAUAGGGAAAAUUCCCUUAAUUGAAAAAAGCUCAAAAUUUAUCUGUUUAUCUGAAAUGGAACAAGAUUGAUAACAGUCUAGUUUUUAUUUUUUUAAUCGAAUUGUAUAAUAGUGAAAAUGGGGAAAAUAGCGAAUUAUAUAAAUAUUAUAUCAAAACGUAUACGUAUAAUAAUAAUAAAAAUAAUAAUAAUCUUCGAGCAGUUGUAAAAUUCUAGAUGAAUAUCGAAUUAGAUGCUGAGCUUUAUUUUCAAUCCUUUCAUGAAUUUCUAAUUAAAAUGUUGUAAAUGACACAAAAAAAAAUAUUUAUUAAUAUAAUUUGCCAUGAAAGGAUUUCGUUAUAAUUUUCUAUGAAUGAAUUAAAAGUAUUACCAGUGAUCCGAAUUAUAAUAUAGUGUGGUCUGAUAUAUUAUAUAAUUUAUUUAUUGAAUGGAUUAUAGCAGUGUUCUUAUAUCUAAAAUAUUUUUAUUCUUUUACUGAUUUAUAUAAUAUUCUCCAACAAAAGCCUUAAAAUUUUGUGAUAUGAUUGACAAUUUGCAUUUGUAGGAGGAACAUAUAAAUUUUCACAUAAAAUUAUUUUCAUUUAUACCUCUUAUACAAAAAAAGGUGCUAUUUUAAAAGACAAAGCAUAGUUUAUAUAGUUAUAAAAUGUAUUCUAUAAAAAAAAACACUGUAAAAAGUUUUUUACAGUUCAUCAAAGAGACUAACAUAUAUAAAUAUUAAUCUAUUGAAAAAGAACCAAAAUAGUCAGCAGAAAAAAUUUUUUUAACGCAAAAUCAAAAUAUGUAAUCUUUACUCAUCCUCUAGUCAGUGUCAUGUACCUAAAAAUAUUCAAAUUCCUUUCUUCAUUUUAUUUAUUAUUUUUUUUAUCUAAUUUAAGAGUUUGUACAGAUUUUCCUGUUAAGAUUUGUUUUUAUAGUUGAUUGAAAAAUUCCAAAAAUAAGAAUUCAGAGUUAGAAUUGAAUGCGGUUAUAUUAUGCUAACUGUAUUUGAAAAGUUUUGCAAUUUUUGUAAUUGACGAUGAAAAAGCAAUUUAUAAAAUGCGUAAUUACUUUAGGGAUAAAUUUGAAAUUGUGCACCGGAUGUGCCAGAAUAGAAUAAAAUAAUUAAAAGGCAUAAUAUAAAGAAGAAAAAAAAAAUGUUUAAAGAGAUGUUAUAAAAAAGUAAUAAAAGUAAUUAAUUAA